AUGAAUGGAAACUUUCAAAACAAUGAUAGAGGUCGUCGGAAUCAUAUUCCAUUCGUUGGUUUCGAUCCGGGACAGUUUAACUAUAAUUACCCAAUUCCUCAUUAUUGGCGUCCGUUUAACUACAAUUACCAAAUUCCUCAUCAAAAUCCGGCGAAUUUUCCUGAUAUCAGACACUUACCACGUCAAAUGCCGGUACAUUAUGUUGAUAACAGACACUUGCCACAUCAUAUGCUGGCACACUAUGUUGAUAACAGACUCUUACCACAUCAUAUGCUGGCACACUAUGUUGAUAACAGACACUUACCACAUCAAGUGCCGACAUACUAUUAUAAUCCGAGGCACUUGACGCAUCAAAGGCCGCAACAUUAUGCUGAUAACAGGCCUUUACCGCGUCAAAGGCCCAAAAACCUUGCUGAUAAAAAGCAGAUACCCCAACAAAUGCCGGAAUGCAGUGCUGAUAAAAAGCAGAUACCCCAACAAAUGCCGGAAUGCAGUGCUGAUAAAAAGCAGAUACCACAACAAACAGCGGAACGCUGUGCUGAUACGAGGUGCUUACCACAUCAAGCGGUAGAAGAAUAUGCUGAUAAAACCUGCCUACCACAUCAAACGCCAGAAGACAUUGCUGUUAAAAGUCCCUUACCACAUCAAAAGGCAGAAAAUGAUGCUGAUAAUACAUGCUUACCACAUCGAAAGUCGGAACACUGUGCUGAUAUGAUGAACUUGCCACAACAAACACCUGAAGACCAUACUGAUAAAAAGUGCUUACCACAUCAACCGUCGGAACACUGUGCUGAUAUGAUGAACUUGCCACAACAAACACCUGAAGACCAUACUGAUAAAAGGUGCUUACCACAUCAACCGUCGGAACACUGUGCUGAUUUGAUGAACUUGCCACAAAAAACACUUGAAGACCAUACUGCUAAAAAGUGCUUACCACAUCAAAUGCCGGAACCAACUGUUCCUGAGGUAGCCACAGUAGAACGUGUACACUGUAAAAUUUGUGGUGUUGUGUUUCCUCUCAAGAAGUUGGAAGCGCAUAAUAAUGGAAAGAAACAUCGAAGAAUGUUAUUCGAACUAGGUGAGCAAUCAACAAAACGUGAAACUUCAAAUGAAGAAGAGGGAAUACAUAUUCAAAAUUCUCAAAAGAGUCCAGUAGUACAUAAGAAAGUUCCAAAAUCUAAGAAAGAUGGUUACUCUGUAGAAAAUACGAGUUACGAAGCUCCUAGACUCGAGUACAAGGAAGUUCGUGCUGAAGGUUCUAAAAGGAAACUAAGGGAUCACACUGGUGCAAAGGAUCUUGAUUUCAAGAUAGAGAAUGUGAAAAAUGAAACUACUAGUUUCCAGAAAAAGAAAGUUCUAGCUGACGAGUCUAAAAGGAGUGCAAAGGAUCAUCGUUCCAAACGCGAGACUGAAGAAGCACCAGGAGUUAAGUACAUGAAGAUGAGUAGUGGGAUUAGAAGGUCCGUAAGAAAUGAUCAGCCACAAUCAACUCCGGUGAAGUUGAAGGCCUCAGCAGGCUCUAAUAGUAGCGCCGAGACAGAAUGUAUAAGUUGUGAUUUUUCUGCAACAGUAACACCAGAAGUCCUUGUGAGUUCUCAAGAAUCCACACCACCGCCCUCAGUGGAAUCAAGUUUUGAACCCUUAUGUCAGAUCAAUUUACAGACAGAAGUAGAAGAAGGCAAAGAACAUCUUGAGGUUGAGAACUGUGGUGUGGAAACAAAUGAUCAGCCGCACUCAAUCUCAAUGGAGUUUCAUGCCCCUGCAGAUUCUGAUAUUAAUACCCUGAUUGAAGAUACAUGUUCUGAUUUUGGUGCAAUAGUAUUAGUACCACCACAAUCUCCUAUUGCUGUUCAGGUACCAACACCAGUAGACAUUAUACAGACAGAAAUGUCUGAGAGCAAAGUUCAUAAUGAGGUUCAGAAUGAUAUUGUUGAUUCAAAUGAUCAGCCAUGUUUGAUAUCAACAGAGUUGCACGACCCUGCUGGUUCUAUGACUAACAACCAAACUGAAAUUGUGAAUUGUGAUUCUGCAGCGAUAGAAAUAGUUAUAGAACCACUUGCUACCGUACUGCCAGAUGCAGUAGGGUCAAGUUUUGAACCCAUGACUGAAUGUGGUCUACAUACUGAAACAGAACCUCAAGUAUCAGAAGCUGUAGCAUAUAUUGAGAGCGAACCUCCUACCGAGGAAUUAGAUAUUGAGAUUCAUGCCGCUUCUGAGGUCAGUGUUGAAACUGAAACUGAAGACGGAGGUUCUCAAGCAGAAGUGGAGAUGGAUGUUCUCGCUGGUGCCUUGGGGAGAAUUCAUUUGCCUCAGGUAUCAGUUUGUCUUACAUGUGGCGAUGAAGGCUUUGAAGAGGCAAUAGUAUAUUGCAGCAAAUGUGGAGAUUAUGCAAUGCAUAGGUAUUGUUUAAAGGGUCCUGUGGUUUUUACAGACGACGUUAUUUGGUUUUGUGAGGAUUGCGAUGAAGAGGUAUUAGGCGCAGAUUAUCCAGAUAGCAAAGCUGCAGACUCGGAAAAAUGUGAAGUUGAUUCCAUCGAGAAAUGUGCUACUUUUGUUGAUCCACAACCUAUUGGUGAUCCAAUCUGGAGGGGAAGUUUGCAUGUUUCCAACAAAAACUUUGAUAAAGUCACAAGACUAAUGGGCCAUUUGUCCACUUUAGCAUGCCCAAAAGUUCUUGAGGAGACAAGACAUCUCCCUAAUGUGCUUUAUGGAGACUCGGUUCAAAGAUCAGCUGUGUGGCCUGAGAGUUUCAAGAAAUUUGGAACAGAUAACCUCAGCAUUGGCCUUUAUUUCUUUCCUCAAAAUGAAAGGGUUGAGAGAUACUAUGACCAACUAGUUGAUGAAAUGAUUUCCAAUGAUCUUGCCAUAAGAGUUUGCGUUGAAAAAGCUGAGCUUUUAAUUUUUUCUUCUACAAAGCUCCCAAGCCAAUAUAAGAGAUUUCAAUCAAAGUAUUAUCUAUGGGGUAUGUUUAAAAGAAAGCAAGAACCAUUGGUUUAG